AUGGCUAAACGCGGCAAAGCCGGAAGACUUCGAGGCAUUUCUUUAGGCCUCAAUGAUCGCUUCAAAGGGCCCCCUGAGGGGCCCCCUGAGGGGCCCCCCGAGGGGCCCCCCGAGGGGCCCCCCGAGGGGCCCCCUGAGAGGCCCCCCGAGGGGGCCCCUGGGAGGCCCCCCGAGGCCUCCUACCUUGGGGGGCCCCCCCAGGGUGAAGGCCCUGAGGGGCCCCCUGAGGCCCCGGGGGGCCCCCCUGAGGGCCCCCGGGGGACCCCCCUAGGGGCCACUGCAGCAGGAGAGCUCACUGUUGCUGCUGCAGCAGCAGGGGCCCCCUCAGGGGCCCCCACGAGGGACCUCACGACUGUAGCAGCACCAGCAGCAAGCAGAGAGGGAGCAGCGGGGGGCCCCCAAAAGGGUACUUCCCCCCAUCUCGCCCCAGGGGGGCCCCCAGGGGGGCCCACAAGGGGCCCCCCAGGGGGGUCCCUGAAGGCACUUGGGGGCACUGAGUGGCCCCGAGAAGGGGGGCCCCCAGGUCAAGCUGGAAGCAGCAGCAGCAGCUGCAGCAGCAGCAGCAGUAGUAGUACUAGUAGCAGCAGUAGCAGCAGCAGCAGCAACGGAAGUGAGAACAGUAUCAAUGGUAACAGCAGCAAUGGCGCCACCAGCAGCAGCAACGCUGGAGAGAGCAACAGUAACGGCAGCAGCAGCAGCAGCAGCAGCAGCAGCGACGUUGGCAGCAACAGGAGCAGCACCGCUGCAAUCAGCAGGGGCAGCAGCAGCAGCACAGCUACGAUCCAGCAACAACAGUAG